AUGAAAUUAGUAAAAAAUAUUAUUAUUAGUCGUACGGAAGCUGGUUUUGGUUUUACAUUACGACAUUUUGUUAUCUAUCCACCAUCGACAUAUGCCAAUGAUUUACUUCAAGCUUCUUAUAGUGUUAUUAUUGAUGAACAUCAACAAAAAACAUCAACACCAAACACAAUUGAUAAUAGUGACGGUAAACACAGUAGUGUUGGCAAUAAUUCGGGAUCUCUGUUAACACGUUCAACACCAGCCGGUAAUAAUAAUAGUAACAAUCAACAGUCAAUGAGAAUAUCUUCAAAUGAUGUAACCACAGCGAACAUUAAUGGAGGAACUACUGGUACAACAAAUCAGGAUUUACUUCCCAUGGAUACAAUAUUUGUUAAAGAAGUUCGACAAGAUGGUGAAGCCUAUCAGGCUGGUUUAAGACAAGGUGAUAGAAUAUUAUCUGUAAAUGAUCAAGCAAUUACUGGAAAGUCGUAUUCACAAGUUAUUGCCAUGAUACAAAACACUGACGGUAAACACAGUAGUGUUGGCAAUAAUUCGGGAUCUCUGUUAACACGUUCAACACCAGCCGGUAAUAAUAAUAGUAACAAUCAACAGUCAAUGAGAAUAUCUUCAAAUGAUGUAACCACAGCGAACAUUAAUGGAGGAACUACUGGUACAACAAAUCAGGAUUUACUUCCCAUGGAUACAAUAUUUGUUAAAGAAGUUCGACAAGAUGGUGAAGCCUAUCAGGCUGGUUUAAGACAAGGUGAUAGAAUAUUAUCUGUAAAUGAUCAAGCAAUUACUGGAAAGUCGUAUUCACAAGUUAUUGCCAUGAUACAAAACACGCCUGGUGAUUUAGUAUUAACUGUUGUUCCAAAAGAAGAUGAUGUAUUGCAGCUGGCUUAUGCUGACACAGCCUAUAAUCAAGCCCGUUCACCUUAUUCAGGUAACGCUGAUCAUAUACCAGAGCCACCAUCUCUCAAAUAUUUACCACAACAACCACUUUCAUCUUCUUAUCGUGUAAAUGAUACGAGUGUUCCGUCAUCGUUCGAACAGUCAAAACCUCGUCGUACAUCAGCUGUGUCAUCAACAACAUCUUUGCCAUCUAAAUCUUACCGUCCAAAUCUACCAGCUCAAAUACUGAAUCCUAAACAACUGAUUGAAAAUAAAUUACGUAAUUUACAGUUAAAUAUAGCACAGGGUCGAGAAGAAGAUCUAGCUAAGGCGGGAAUUUUUUUCCCACAAGCCACGAAAACAAUAUAUGAUCAAUCAAAAGGGGCAAUGCCGAUUACAUCAAGGGGGAUUUCACAAACAUCUGAAAAUUCGCCUCCAUUAUCAAACUAUUCUCAACCACAGGCAACAAAUGCUUUCUCCAAAUAUAUUGAAAGUGUUCAUCGUGCGUUAGAUAAUACAACUAGUACUAUUCCUACUUCACAGCAACAACAACUCGAAGGAGCGAAUACGGAUAACGAAGAUUCUGUUUAUUCACAACCACAUCUAGUCAUGCAGCCAGCUCCACGACGACAAUCUCAGCCGCGGCAACAACAACAACAACAACAGCAAUAUUAUCAACAGCCUCGUUAUGCACCAUUGGCUACAUACAAUGAUUACACACCUUAUGAAUAUUCGACGAAUGAUGAUAAACAACAGCAGCAAUUACCAACACCGUCGUUUCAAGUUGCAGUACAACAACAAGGAAAUAAAGAACAAUUAUUUCUCACAGGAAUCCCGCCAGGACAAAAGGGAAUCGGAGCAGAAGUUGGAUUAUACAGGCCACAGGAUGCAAGACAAAAUAUAUCUGUUGGUGGUCCAUCAAAUACUUAUUACACAUUGCCAUCUCAACGAGUUUCGACAGCCACGGGUGCACUGGGUCAGUCACUAUUUCCACAACAACAGCAACAGCAAUGGAUUCAAGCUGCACCUCGUUCUCACACACCUCUCGUUACCGACUACAUCUUCCAGCAGCCUCCAACAAUGCGAAAUUCUCCCUACACGAGCGAUGAAACUCUUAGACAAACAUCGAUCGAAAACACGUCAGAAGAGCAACAACAGUUACAACGGCAAACAAAGCAGUCACAGCAACAACAGCGGAAACCGAUACAAGAAGAAGAAUUGAAAUCGCCUUCCACAGAAACAACAACGGGCUCUAACGAAGGUGUCGGUAGUCCUCAACAAGAUGAAGAAGAAGAUAAUAUGAAAACCGAAUUUGUUAAUUUUCGUAAAAAACAAUUUGAAACGGGACACGUCGAAAACGUACCGGAUGAUCGUCAACGUGAACGUUUAUCAAAAAAAUAUUCAGAAAAGAAAAAAUAUGAGAGUGAAUGGAAUCGUAUAACAUCAGUAGCCGAUGUUGAAUCCGUAAUGGAACGUGCAUCACAUUUUGAAGAUAUUGAUCCGGAUAAAUUUGCGAGACUAAAAUCAAAAUUACCCACAUCGCCACCACCGUCGUCAAAUGGACAUGGAGAUAUUGAACAAAAACAAUAUGAAUUAAGUUUACAACCUUCUCUAGUACAACAGCAGCAGAUGAAGUGGGGACUACAACAAGGCAAAGCAAUAAAACACACAGAUAAUCAAUAUCAGUCAUUACAGCAGCAACACAUUCCAAGAGUAGGUGAAUUAAGCAGUAUUGAAUUUUCAUUUGAUCCAAGAUAUUUAGUCCAACAACAACAACAACAAAAGCCAAGUGGUCGACUUGCCAUUCCAGAUUAUUCUUCUAGUCAAGAAGGUCAAGAUUAUUCGUCUCAUCCAUCUUCCCAACAGCAACAGUAUAUAGAUCCAAGUGGUAAUCAAUCUCGUGUAAAUUUGAUUCGUCAACAAUCGUAUAUAACAGCUGUAAGAUCACCAAUGAUCAAUGAUCAACAAUCUCAACAACAACAACCAAAUUCCUAUGAUAUGCAUGAUGCGGAUAUGCCUGGCUACGAUCAAUUAGAGCAAUUAUUACUGACAUUAGGUUGUAGUGGAAAGAGUAGUGGCGAAUAUAUGCCACAUACGCCAUCAACUAUGAGAUCAAAAGUGCCUCCAUUUACGUCAUUACCGGCGAGAUCGUUACCAUCAGAUGAACAACAAGAAUGGAAAAAACGUCGUACAUCUUAUUUAAUAGCAACCGAUCAACGAUAUCAAGAUCCAUCUUUUCAGUCACAACCGACUCAGAACAAGCAACAACUACCAUACGGUUACGAUAUGACAGAUGAUCAAAAAUUAAGAAAUACAGAACAGCAACAACAGACUCAAACGCAAGCAAUAAGAAAAUUAAAGAACUUUUUUGGAGAAGGGACGCCACAAGUUAUUCAUGCACUCGAUCGUUCCUCGUCUGCUUCUCAACAACAACAACAAUCAAAUAUCAGUCCACUCCAGUCACCUCAAUCGACAUUAUCAUCAAAUCAAUCAAAAUCUUCGGGUUUCGAUGUUGCUUCAAGUUCACCUGCCACAAUUCCAUUAACAACUAUGGCUGAUAAUAUCGAACCAUCAAAAGAAGGCAUUUUGUAUUGUAAAAUGGUUUUAAAAGAUGGAAGACGAGCACCCGAUCGAUCAUGGCGGGGAGCGUGGGCUGUAUUACGCGGUGGAGCACUAUUUUUGGGCAAAGAGAAGAAACAUGGUCUAUUAAUUCCAUUAUCGUAUGAUUCUUUUCCAAUAAAUUUGAAAGAUGCUGAUGUCGAAUUAGCUUCAGAUUAUAUAAAAAAGCCACGUGUAUUUAAAGUAACAACGUCGACUCAAUGUGAAUUUCUAUUUCAAGCACCAGACAUACAGUCGUUACACGAAUGGUUAGAAGUUGUUCGAGAACAAUGUUGUUCAAUUGCAUCAUCAGAAAAUGAUAUAAGUAGGGGAGGAGGAGAUAGUGCAACAACACUAGGUACAGGAUCAAUAUCAGGCACUCAACGAUCAUCCACAACGAGUCUGCCACCCAUUGUACCAUACCAUACAAGUGAACAAGAUUUAUCUAAACGUCUUUCAACAUCGGCUCGUUCGGGUAGUGGUAGUAAAGCGAAAUCAAAAUUAUCGCUACGUAGUCCAUCGUUAAAACGUUCACCAAGUCUUCGAUUUCGCAAAUCACAAAAAUCAUCGUCACAAUCACAACAGGGCGCGUCAACAUCAUCAGCGAGUAGCGGUAUUGGUGGUUCAUCAUCAUCAAUGUUAAGUGCAAGUAAUAAUGGAUGCGGUCAAUCAACAUCACCUCGACGUAGUUUUGUUAAAAUUGUUAAGAAAGGAUUAAAAACUCUCAAAUCAGGUACCAGUAUCGGUGGUGUACCACAACAGAUGAGUGGUCAAGUAUAUGAUGAAAAUAUUUUAACAACAUCGACAACUUCUACAGCCGAUGAUUCCAAUUUAUCUGGUAUUAAUUUUGGUAUUGAACUAGAAGAAUGUGAAUCAUCGUCCAUAUCUCGUUCAAUUCCAAUCGUAGUAGAAAUUCUAUGUAAAUUAAUUGAAGUGAGAGGUAUUACGUAUACGGGUAUCUAUCGUCAUGCGGGUGGAUUAACAGCCGUCAAUUGGCUUGUAAAUGAACUCGAUAAAGGAUGUGAACGAGUUGAUUUUCAAUCGGAAAAAUGGUAUGAUAUCAAAGCGGUAGCAUCAACAUUAAAAACAUUCUUUGCAAAAUUACCAGAUUCACUUAUUUCAUCAAAAAUGUGCAGUCUGUUUGUUGAAUCAAGUCGCAUUGAUUGUCAUCGUGAUCGUUUAAUUGAAUUAAAAAAAUUAGUGGCACAAUUAAAUGAUAAUAGAUUUGAAACGUUAAGAUUUUUAUGUGCACAUUUUAGAAGAGUAGCAUCCAAAUGUGAUAUUAAUAAAAUUGAUGCAAGAAAUUUAGCUAUUAUAUUUGGUCCAACAUUAAUUUGGGAUAGUAAAGCCUCUUUACAAUCAAAUCUCGUUGAUAAUCCAGAAAAAAUUAGAAUUAUUGAAGCAUUCAUACUAUAUCAUGAAUGGGUUUUUGAACAUGGUGAAUAUGACAAUGUUCCAUAUGAAAUAAAUCCUCAAAUGCCAAAAUUAAAUUGUGACUAUGAUGAUACAUUAAAUGAAUCAAAACCGAGUGAAAUAAUUCAACAUAUUGUCCGAGCGGCAAAAAGACGAUGGAGUUCACCAAUGUUAUCAGAUACAUCUGUUCUUGCACAAGCCCAUCGAAGUGAUGGUGGUGAUCAACAACAAGGUGGCUUGGGACACAAUUCACCUGGAGCAUUAAAACCAAUUAAUAUAUCUGUGAAAAGAUCAUUUAAAAAACGUUCAUCAUUAGUUACAUCGAAAUCGUCUGCUUGUCGUAGUCGUUCAGUUGAUUCAAGUUUAAAUUCAGCAUCAUCUCCAACAACAACGGCACAACUAUAUUGCGGUGAAUCUGUCGAUGUGUCCAUUGUACCAUCGUCAUGUCUUCAAAAUCAAGAAUCAAGUGAAGAUUCAGCUGUUCAUUCAAUGUCAGAUAUUGUCAGUAGUAGUACAACAACAUCAACAAAAUCCAAUGAACAUUUAAAACAACGUUCGAAAAAAGCACAAUCUCUUAAAGAUUUGGCUAGUUUUUUUAAACGUCGUAGUUGUUCCGAAAAUAGUAAAAAUAAACAAACAACAUUGACACCAAAAUCAUCAACAUCUUAUUUACCAUCGAUAACGUUAACAUCAUUGAAAAGUGUAAAUAGUCGAGGACGAAAAUAUCGAACAAAAUUAAAUUCAUCAACAUUCACACAGCCAGUUGAAAAUUCUAUAUCACCAAUCUCACCAGAUUCAAUAAAAUUGUUUAGUUCAUCAUCAUCAAUUAUAAAAUUAUUUGAAAAUAUAACAAAUAAUGAAAUAACAAAUCAAGACUUAACAUCAUCAUCAAGUCCAUGUUUGCUCAAUUAUAAUCAAAACAAAAUAAAUUUAUCUUCGUACGAUGAUUUGAUUGACGGUGACUCAAUAUGCUAUAUUGAUGAUUCUUCUCCGACUCCUCAACUACAACAACAACGUUCUAAUUUAACAAUGACUGAUCAUUCUCCAUACUCUAAUACCUAUUCAUUACGUGCUCAUGAACAAAUUAAAUUAGAAACAUCAAAAAUAAAACAAAAAUUACAUGAACGAGAUACAUUAUUAAAUGAUAUUAAACAACAAUCGAUUUAUAUUAAUCAAACAUUAUCAAAAUUUCAUAAUAAUAAUAAUAAUGACAUUAUAAAAUCUAUAAAAAAACAACAAGAAGACAUUAUUCAUUCUUCUUCUAAAAAUUCUUCACCUUCAUCAUCUUUACCGAAAGAAGUAUCUUUAACUUCUUCAUCAUGUUCAAUAAAGCGUCGUCAUACAUUUAAUUCUAUAUUCGAUUAUAAUAUACAUAAAUUAAAAUUAAAACAACAUGUGAAAUUAAUUGAUACAUAUUUAUUCCAUGUUACAAAUAAACGUCAUUCAUUUUCAUCGAAUGUAUUUGCAAAAUUACUCUAA